AGGCCUUAGUUAUUAAUGACCCUGACUUCCAGCAUGAGGAUUUGAACUUCCUGUCCCGCAGCCAGCGCUAUGAGCAAGCCAUCAGGAAGAGCUCUUUGAUGGUGAUGAAAUUAAGAGAAUAUGGAAUUGCAGACCCAGAGGAGAUCUACUGGUUUAAAAGAAUAUGCUUGGGCAAUUUUCCUGAACCUUUCGGUCUCCACUUCAGCAUGUUUCAAAAAACCUUAGAGACCCAAACGACUGAUGCUCAGAAGGAGAAAUGGCUUCCCCUGGUCCAUGGAGUCAAGAUAAUUGGCACCUACGCCCAAACGGAAAUGGGACAUGGAACUCAUCUUCGGGGUCUAGAAACUACAGCUACUUAUGACCCUGCUACCCAGGAAUUCAUCCUCAACAGCCCCACUGUGACCUCCAUUAAGUGGUGGCCAGGUGGACUUGGAAAGACAUCAAACCAUGCUAUUGUCCUGGCUCAGCUCUACACCCAGGGCCAGUGCAAAGGGCUGCAUGCCUUCAUUGUUCCCAUACGGCAGCUGGGCACCCACGAACCUUUGCCAGGUAUUACAGUGGGUGACAUUGGGCCAAAGUUUGGUUAUGAUGAAAUGGAUAAUGGCUACCUGAAAAUGGACAACUUCAGAAUUCCUCGGGAAAACAUGCUGAUGAAGUAUGCCCAGGUUGAACCGGAUGGCACCUAUGUGAAGCCACUCAGUGACAAGCUAACCUAUGGGACCAUGGUGUUCAUCCGGUCGCUCAUUGUAGGCGAUUCUGCUCGCUCCCUGUCUCGGGCUUGUACCAUUGCCAUCCGCUACAGCGCAGUGAGACACCAGUCUGAGUUAAAGCCAGGGGAGCCCGAACCCCAGAUCUUGGAUUAUCAGACCCAACAAUACAAACUCUUUCCUCUCCUGGCAACAGCAUAUGCUUUUCAUUUUGUGGGAGCCUACAUAAAAGACACUUACCGUCGGAUUAGUGGAGACAUCAACGAAGGGGAUCUGAGUGAGCUGCCAGAGCUCCAUGCACUAACAGCAGGGCUGAAGGCGUUCACUUCCUGGACUGCCAAUGCUGGUAUUGAGGAAUGUCGGAUGGCAUGUGGUGGGCACGGCUACUCUCGCUGCAGCGGCAUUCCUGACAUCUAUGUCACGUUCACCCCAUCCUGCACCUACGAGGGAGAAAACACAGUCAUGAUGCUGCAGACAGCUAGAUUCCUUGUCAAAAGCUACACCCAGGUUGGUUCUGGGCAGCGGGUUACUGGCAUGGUGUCCUACCUUAAUGAUCUCUCCAGGCAACGUAUCCAGCCACAGCAUGUGGCUGCCAGGACUGUGACUGUGCGGCUCAAUGAUCCAGUCAGUUUGGUAGAGGCCUAUAAAGCACGUGCUGCCUGGCUUGUAGAAGCUGCAGCAAAGAAUUUGGAAGCUGAACUGGACCACAGAAGGAGCAAGGAGGAUGCCUGGAAUAAAACUUCUGUUGAUCUUGUGCAAGCAUCUGAGGCACACUGUCACUAUGUGAUAGUGAAGCUUUUCACAGCAAAGCUGGCUGAGAUCAGUAACGCAGCUGUCCGUGCUGUCCUGACUGAGCUGUGUCUCCUGUAUGCACUCUAUGGGAUCAGCAAAAACACAGGGGACUUCCUGCAGGCGGGUAUCUUGACUGAUGCCCAAAUUACUCAAGUGAAGCAGCGUGUGAAAGAGCUCUUGGCUGUGGUUCGUCCCAAUGCUGUGGCCCUGGUGGACUCCUUUGACUUUCAUGACAGUCACCUGGGAUCGGUGCUUGGCCGCUACGAUGGCAAUGUCUAUGAGAACAUGUUUGAGUGGGCAAAGAAAUCCCCACUGAACAAAACGGAGGUUCACGAGUCUUUCCACAAACACCUGAAGCCGAUGCAAGCCAAGCUGUGA